CGAAGACGAGAUACAGAGAGACACUAUACAAACCUCCACCGAAAGGACUGUGGAACUGGAUAGAUCUGACAAAGCGCAAUCUGCUUAUCAUAUCAAGGACGUCAAGCGCGUAUCCACAUAGACGGGUGCUCGGCGCUGCUUCAUCCCGAUCCCUCCUCGUCCAUCAUCAUUCCUCGCGUGACGAGAUCAGAGGCCCAUAUCCAACGACAUGUCAGACAACCUGGAGGCGACGGCAAAUGGCAGUCAUGGCGCCGACGACGCAGAUCUCGCUAAGGCAUUCCAGGAGCUAGCCAAAGGCGAGAGAACUGCUGCAGCGUUGGAGAAUCAGCUCAGCGCGAUGGAAGCCAAGAUAGAAGCGAUGCUUGCGCAGGCAGAAAAGGAUCAGAAGGCGAUUGAGGAGGCCAAAGAGCAGGCCAAGAAGAGCCAACAAAGUGUGGAAACAUCACCAAGUGCACAACCAAAGGGCGACUCUUCGUCCUAAGGCGGCUUCAUCCCGACCCUAGACCAAAGUCGCGUAUCCAUGGGCCACGUACCAACUCUUCCGGAUACGACAUGCCAAAUACAGAGUACGUGCACUGGCAGGAGCAUAGCCAGACGCAAACAAUCAGGAGCGCUACGACGCGAAAACAUCGGGAACGACUGUUGCAGGAUUGCCCGAUACGAUAUCGAUAUUGAUCUGUAAGGGGGCUCCUGAAAACAUCUCUACAGACCACCUACGGUAGUUGGUUUGACGCUCUCGUUGUGCGCCUCCAUCGCGAGGGUCAAAUCGAACUUCCCACUGGCAUCCUUCUCGACAACACCGAUUUCCGUGAUGAUUCCAUCGAUGAGUUCUGCAGGUGUCACAUCAAAGGACGGGUUCCAGACGUCGAUACCUUUGGCAGCAAUGCUCACGGUUUCGACUUGGCUGAGAUCUAAAUCAACACCAUCGAAUCGUGGCCCUUUCACGAAGGUCAUCUCCUUGCCUGGUCGCUCUUCAAUCACAAUAUCAGCACCCGACUUUGUUCCCAGGUCAAUCGUUGUUCGUGGCGCUGCGACCAGGAACUUUACGCCGUGGUAUUUGGCUGUGAUGGCGAGCUGAUAGGUGCCAAUCUUGUUGGCGGUGUCACCAUUUGCAGCAACUCGGUCAGCUCCUACGACAAUCGCAGCAAUGCGCUGUUCUGGUCCCUUGAGACGCAGCAGCGCAGAUGCCAUGGAGUCAGUGAUCAAUGUGGCGGGUAUGUUAUCGUGGACGAGCUCGAAAGCAGUCAGGCGGGAACCCUGAUUGUAUGGCCUCGUCUCAGUGCAAAAGGCGUGCUUCAAGGAGCCAUUGGCAUGUAGCGAACGAAUGACACCAAGGGCAGUACCAUAGCCUGCGGUCGCGAGAGACCUAUCCACAGUGUCAGCAAAAACGCCAUAGGCCACACUCGUUCGUGCUUACCCUGUAUUGCAGUGCGUUACGACACUCACUUUGCCGCCGCCAGCUGCCUUUGAGAUCCACUCGGCACCGUACUUGCCAAUACCCUCAUUGUCAGCUACAUCAGCAACGAGCAUUUGAGCAGCAGCAUCGCAGUACGCUUGAGAGACAGUAGCCCCACUAGCUCCAUCACUUCGGGCAGCAGAAGUCACAAUCUUCUUCAGCUUCCCAGCAGCAUCAGCAAGGUUGACAGCAGUAGGUCUGCUCGUGACAAGAUAUUCCAGUUUCUCAACAAUAAAAGCCGCCACUUCCUCUGCCUUUUCCGAGCUCGUCAUAUUGGUGAGCUCAACAGCCAAAGCCAGAGCUGCAACGAUGGCUAUCGCGGGCGCUCCACGAGUUCGCAUGUCUUUGAUGGCAUGCCAUCCAUCUUCUGCAGAUUUUAUCUCGUCGUAUUCUUCUUGAUGUGGGAGUUUGAGUUGAUUGAGAAUUUGCAGACUUCCGGGCUGGUAGCGUAUCGCUUGGAGAACCAUGUUGAUUUUUUCUUUUUCUUUUUUUGGGUGGGUUUGCUGCAGGCAGGAGAAUUACCGGAUGUGUAUCAGUAAGAGUGGACGAUGUGGUGCCAAUAUGCACAGUAGGG